AUGGCGUCCCGUCGUGAGCAGGGGUACCUGCCAGCCAAUGCAGAGCGGAGAGAAAGCACAUUGCAGAGAAAGCGGCAGGAAUAUUUUGGCUUUAUUGAGCAGUACUACGACUCCCGUAAUGAUGAACACCAUCAGGACACAUACAGACAGAUUCACAUAGAUAUUCCCCGGAUGAGUCCAGAAAGUUUAGUUCUGCAGCCCAAGGUAACUGAGAUUCACAUUGACAUACCGAGAACUAAUCCUCUUAUACCUCUCUUUCAACAAGCUUCUGUGCAAGAGAUCUUUGAGCGUAUUCUGUUCAUCUGGGCGAUACGACAUCCAGCCAGUGGUUACGUUCAAGGCAUCAAUGACCUUGUCACACCCUUCUUCGUUGUUUAUGUUUUCGAGUAUAUCGAGGAAGAAGUGGAAAAUUUCAAUGUUUCCAGCUUGCAGGAAGAGGUGUUGCGGAACAUCGAGGCUGACAGCUUCUGGUGCAUGAGCAAGCUCCUGGACGGGAUUCAGGACAACUACACCUUCGCCCAGCCUGGGAUCCAGAGGAAAGUGAAGGCACUGGAGGAGCUGGUCAGCCGGAUUGAUGAGACGGUACAUCGCCACAUGCAGCAGUAUGAGGUGGAGUAUUUGCAGUUUGCCUUCCGCUGGAUGAACAACCUGCUUAUGAGAGAACUUCCUCUGCGCUGCACCAUUCGACUGUGGGACACUUAUCAGGCAGAGCCUGAAGGAUUCUCUCAUUUCCAUUUGUACGUGUGCGCUGCCUUCCUGGUGCGAUGGAGGAAAGAGAUACUAGAGGAAAAGGAUUUCCAGGGUCUGAUGAUUCUGCUCCAGAAUCUACCCACAAUGCACUGGGGAAAUGAGGAAGUUAGCGUUCUCCUAGCUGAAGCUUACCGGCUGAAGUUUGCAUUUGCCGAUGCCCCUAACCAUUACAAAAGAUGAGGCUUCGCCCAGCACAAUCACUGAAUAUGACGAGCCCUACUGACCUCGGAGGCGCAACUGUCUGUGUAAUGAUACUGAACUGAAACCGUGACUUUUUUAUGGAGAUGGGAAUAUGGUCUGCAGCUGUUCCUGCCAUUUUUUUUCUCCGCAUUUCUACUAAUAUCAGCACUCCGAAUGCCAUGAGUCACCCAGAUGUCAAAAUCAUGCUCUCUUGAAAUACACUAAUUUAAUCUUUGUUUCUAAGGCUUUUCUAUUUUUUAUUUAAUCACAACCUUUACCAAGAUUUUUUUUUUUUUCAGUUCAUUUAGACAGCAAGAUUCUAGGAAGUAACAGCAACAGUAGGAUGGAUGCUGGCCCAAUUGAUUCAUGGCAAUAAUAAGACGUCAUUCAAAAAACAUGGUUUAUAAACAUUCGCAGUAAGAUCGUUUGGCUUAAACGGCGCCAUACGAACACUUAUUCUAACCUUGGUCUACCUCAGGAAGCAGCCAGGAUUCGUAGGGUGUUCAUUUUGUCUCUGUAUGUGAACAGUGCCCAUGAGGCUUUGCAGUGGAGUCAAUACAAUUUGCCUUAUUUUGGCUGUUUGAGUUUUGCAAGGCACAGGUUCAGUGAACGAGCUGCAAACUGAAGAACUGAUUCAAUUUUUGCUUUCCCUGUUGCUCAUGGCCCUGUCAUUUUGACGUCCCAUUUUGAUAUUGAUAUAAUAAUCCGUACUGACUGUACAGUGCUGUCAUUAAUUGAUGUGUUUGGGGAUAUCCGCUUUUGACAUUUUGUCAGUAUUUGAACUGUGCGCAGCUUCAAUCAUGUCAUCAGGCUUUUUCAUUUGUGUGCCAGUUCUUACAACUAAAUAUAAGUGAAACUGCACUUGAUAAGUCUAUUUUCCUCCUUUUUGUACAAGAUAUAUUCUAUGAAUCCGCUUUUUUAAAUUCUUUCUUCUUUUUUUAUAUACUGUUUACAUGAGCCUGUUAAGUUGUGCCUAACUCUAGAGAUUGAUGACGUCACAGAUAUUUAUUUUACAUUCAUGAUCAUUUAGGAUGUGGCAAAGCAGAACAUUUGCCUUGACAACAUUUACUCCUACAUGAGCAGUGAAUUCAGCAGCUCUACUGCUCUCCUUCGGCUGUUUGAUGGGCCGUAGAAUUGAAGGAAUUUACUGUAACUGACAUUCAGUGCCUGGACAACAUGGAGUUACAGUACGAGCUAUGUGGGGUUUUCUGGAAACCAAGUUUCUUGACUCCAAACUACAGAAACGUCAGAAUGGAUUUUAAAAGAGGUGCAACUGAAAUGUUCUUGAAUUAAAUAGCUGUGUACAGAAUUGUUUUCAGAGAGAU